ACCCGAGCAACACUUAAUUUGCUCCCGUGUAUUCGACGCACAUCCCUCGUUUCCUUCCAUAUCAGUAGCAGUAGAUAACAGAGCUACUUCCCUCUCUGCUGCCAUGGCCUGCCCAGCUCCUUCCUCUCUCCUCUCUUCAAACCCUACCACCUCACUCUCCCCCGUGGCUUCUCUUCCUCUUCUUCAUCCAAAGCCCUUCUCUUCCCAAACCCUCGCCAUCCCCAAAGCCUUCAAUGGCCUCAGCAGGUCGUCGCUGCCUUGCUCCUCUCGGAUUCUCUCCUCCCGCACCAGGCCUUCUUCUUCUAGAAGGAGCUUUUCUGUGAAUGCGAGUCAACUUCCAUUAGUCGGCAACGAAGCACCGGAUUUUGAGGCCGAAGCAGUUUUUGAUCAGGAGUUUAUUCAGGUCAAGCUCUCUGAUUACAUUGGAAAGAAAUAUGUGAUUCUGUUUUUCUAUCCACUGGAUUUUACAUUUGUUUGUCCCACUGAGAUAACUGCUUUCAGUGACCGAUAUGCAGAUUUUGAGAAGUUAAACACAGAAAUAUUGGGUGUUUCAAUUGACAGUGUGUUUUCCCAUCUUGCAUGGGUUCAAACAGACCGGAAAUCUGGUGGACUUGGUGAUCUGAAGUAUCCAUUGAUUUCUGAUGUGACCAAAUCAAUUUCACAAUCUUAUGGUGUUUUGAUCCCACACCAGGGGAUUGCAUUACGAGGACUCUUCAUUAUAGACAAGGAAGGAGUGAUUCAGCACUCAACCAUUAACAACCUCGCCAUUGGCCGCAGUGUUGAUGAGACAAUGAGAACACUUCAGGCUUUGCAGUAUGUCCAAGAAAACCCUGAUGAGGUGUGCCCGGCAGGGUGGAAGCCAGGAGAUAAGUCCAUGAAGCCAGAUCCUAAGCUCAGCAAGGAGUACUUCUCUGCAAUAUGAAAGUAAUCCAAGAAUAUCUACUGUAUUGUUGUUUGAAGCGCUCCGAGGGAGUUUUCUUUCUCUUUGCCUGUUGAGUUUCAUAGAAAGUGCCCCCUGCUUCCGGAAUAAUUCAAGGACAUUUCUGUUUUUGGAUAAACACAUGCAUAUCUGUGCAAACCUCCUGUUAGUAUUUAUAAGAGCUAUGCAGAUGUGUUCAAACA